AUGAAAGGUGGAGCUUUGGAAGUUUUGCUUGUGAACGCUGAAGGCCUCAAACAUGCUCGGCUCUUAAGAUCAUCAAGCCAAUAUGUGAUUACUCAAUGUGGCAGCCACAUCCAUACUAGCAAAAGCACAACAGGGAAAGACAAGAAAGCUUGGUGGAAUGAGAAGUUUGUAUUCAAAUUGACAAAUUCAGAAUGGAAGUCAGUGACCAAAAUCAAAUUGAAAGUCAUGGAAAAGGACAAACUUUUAGAAGACUGCUCUCUUGGUGAAGCUACUAUAUAUCUAAGAGGCAUCUUAAGAGAAGGAGAGAGGAAGGGAAUUACGGAAUUAAAACCAGCUCCUUACAACAUAGUGCUCAAAGAUCGCACUUAUGGGGGAGAGCUAAAAGUUGGCCUCAAGUUCGAUUCAAAAGAAUGUCAAAGGAGGAGGAAACUAUGGUACCCUUUAGCAAAGGGUUAA